AUGCAAUCAAGAUCACCUCGCAUUGGAUUUGAAGGAAUACUUUCUGAUGAAAAGAAAUCUUUUAUCGGUUUCGAACAAUAUGAAGAUGAAUCAAAGGAACAUGUGAUACCUGCUUAUCCUUUAAAUGAUACUAUGCCGAAUCCAAAUCGACCUCUUGGAAAUGAUUUUUUUGAUUCGAAUUAUUCAUCAUCUAUAGCUCAAUCAAUACCAUCUCCUUCACAUUCAUUAAGACCAAAUACUAAUACUUCUACAUCAACAAGAAAAAGUCUUUCAUAUCCAGAAUUAUUUGCUAUUUACAACGAAAUUGUUAAUGAAUGGUUUCAAGUAGAAUGGCUUAUAUUUGUUGAUAAUCAUAAAGAGACUUAUUUAACAUUAGAUUAUAAUACAAAAGACUAUAUAACUGUACAAAUGGCUAUUGAUCAAUAUUAUCUUAAAAGUGGUAGAACAUUGCUUGUUUUUCAACCUGAAUGUUUAUUAAUUCGAACAAGAACAAAAUCAAAAAGUUUAUUUUUACCGAAUUCAAAAAUAUCAAUUCACAAUUUAUUAGAAAAUAAUAAUUCUCAACGAUUAUCUCGAUAUAAAUUAUUGGCUAUUCUAUGUGAUUCAAAUGAAAGAAAUAGUAAAUUAAUGUUUUAUAAAGAUAAACAAUCAAAUAAUUGGUAUGUUUAUUAUAAUCAAUCGAUAUCAUCACCUUCACAUUCCAAUAUAUUGUCAAAUGAUGAACAAUAUCAACUAGAAUCAUUUAUUCAACACAAUAAUCAAAUAAAUCAUAUUGCUCUAUCGAAAUUUACAUCUCCUUUAUCAGCUCUAUUUAAUCAUCCAAUUAUUUAUGUAUAUAUACCAGAAAAAAAUUAA